UUUGUGUCUUUGGGUUGUUGGAAAAGGUAGAAAGACUGACAUAAAAGGAAGUCAUUGUGAGAAUAACAUCCUAAUGAUGUUUCCUCGCUGAUUCUUGAGUUCAUAUGCUGGAGAGAGGGUCUUAUACGUUCAGUGUUCCCCUCUAUUUUUCUUUUCCCUUUAUCUUUUUCUCUCUUCUUAUAGGUAGUUCUGAAACAGCAUACUGAUGUCAGGUAUCUCUGAAACCAUUUUCUCUUCUGUGUAUGUCCUAAAUCUUCUUUAUAUUUAAUGUAUAACAUAGAGUAGUUUCCUGGAUUUCAAAUUUUCUGGGGUCUUCAAAGGAUAAAAGGCUAGCGUCUGUAACAUCCUAGCAUUAAUUUCUGGCUUUUGGAAUUGUUACGGUUGUUGUUUCGUGUGACAUAUCUUGUGUAGGAUUUUUUUUCUCUGAAUAGAUUUUUCUUCGGUUGGAUUGGGUCUUUUCUGUUAAUGAAAAUUGUUUUUCUUUUGGUUUUAGUGCCAUUGGAACUAAAGUUUUGUUGAUUGUGUAUAUCAUUGCUCCAAUUUCCUGAAAGCCCCUUAUUUGUAUAAUUGCUAAUAGGGUUUUGAGUUAUUUUAUUUUUAGACCCACAUAAUGAAUAUUCCCACGCAAAUGGUUUUGAAGGGCAAAUAUUUUGCCAUUCUUGCCCACACUUUGAUCUUGCAUGUGGGGUUGGUUUUUUUGGGUGGUAGUUCAAGUUUUGCCAAUGAGAGUGAUAUUUACUGCUUGCGAACCAUCAAAGACUCUCUUGAAGACACUUACAACCACUUGAGCUCUUCAUGGAAUUUUGAAAACAAUACUGAGGGAUUCAUUUGUAAGUUCAAAGGCGUGGAGUGUUGGCAUCCUGACGAGAACAGAGUUCUAAAUAUUAGCCUUUCGGACAUGGGUCUUAAGGGCGAGUUUCCCCAUGGCAUUGGGAAUUGCACAAGUUUGGCAAGCCUAGAUCUUUCUAGUAACAAGCUAUCAGGGUCCAUCCCUAGUAAUAUAUCAGAUAAACUGCCAUUUGUGACAUCCCUAGAUCUCUCAUCCAACAGUUUUUCAGGUGAAAUCCCAUUAAGUCUGGCGAAUUGUACGUACUUGAAUGUGCUUAAACUCGAUCACAACCAAUUGACUGGUAUGAUCCCACCUCAACUUGCUCGGCUUAAUCAGAUCCAGAAAUUUAGUGUGUCCAACAAUCUCUUGUCAGGGCCUGUCCCUAGUUUUGAUUCUACUGUAACUGCAGAGAGCUAUGCGAAUAAUAUAAGACUGUGGGGGGCCUUCGAAAUCCUGCCAAAAUACUACCAAUGAGAGUGAUAU